CCCAAACCAGCAGCAAAACCUCCAUUCCAAAGCUUGCACACCUCGAUCCAUUCUCUCAUGGCGACGGCGACGGCGACUGCGAGUAGGCCCAGCGGGCCGGUCCUAUUGAUUCCCGGCUACCGCUCCACCUCGCCCGCCCGCGUCAACCUCACCGCCGGUGGCGCCACCCGCUCCCCGGCCAAGUCCGUCAGCGUCUCGUCUUCUUCCUCCUCGUCCCCUGCCGGCAAGAGCCGUCGGUCCUGCAUGUGCUCCCCCACGAACCACCCGGGUUCAUUCCGCUGCAGCCUCCACAAGGAACGCAAGCAGGCAGAUCCGACCGGCAACAGCAAGCCCGGCUCGCCGCCUUCCAUCGGCAGCGGCUGCACGAAGCAUCAUGGCGGCGCGCUGGUGCGGCUUGUCCCCAUGGAGAGCGGGCACUGGGCACGCAGGGCGCUGGCGCCGUCCCCCGCGGCGCAGCAGCGGAGGCGUGUGGGCAGGUCCCGCUCGCGGCCGAGCCGGCUCUCCGCCAUGUCCAUGGCCGGUGACCGCGCCGGCGACAACCACCAGUAGACAAACAAACCAACGUCGACAUGCCAUAGCAAUAGCAAGAUAAAA